GUCAAAGUAUGGAUUUCAUAGCAUUAUACGAGUCGAAACUUUGGUAUGAUGUUAGACAACCUCGUAUAACAGCAUCAAAAGUCAAAAGAUGCUUAAUAAAACCAACAACAAGUCCUACCAAAGCUAUUGCUGAUGUUCUUAACUAUCAUACACCAAUUCAAACCAAAGCAAUGAAGGAUGGAAUUGAAUCAGAAGCUGGCAUACUUAAAAAAUAUGAAUUAAUUUCUGGAAAUACUGUUAGGAAGGUGGGAUUUAUCAUUUCCUCUACUCAUCCUUUUCUUGGGGCAUCACCUGAUGGAAUAACAAAUGACAAUGUACUACUUGAAGCAAAAAAGGUCACCGCCAAAGAGAAUGAAUCUUUCAUGGAUACAUUGUGCAGGUUGUACAUUUAUAAGAAAAAAAAUGGGAAACUUUACAUAAAUAAUAAUCAUAAGUAUUAUUACCAAAUGCAACAACAAUUGUUUUGUGCUGGUGGAAAAGUGUGUCAUUUUGUUGUUUCUAAUGGUAUUUGGGUUCACAUUGAUGAAAUUUGUUUUGAUGAAGUGUUUUGGAGUAAGACUCUUCCUAGACUACAGCAAUUUUAUUACACCCAUGUUUUUCCAGAACUUGUAUAUCCCAAUAUAAAAUUUAAUUGUGAAAGGUGGGGCAAAAUUGUUCAAUUCCCAGCCCAAUUGUAAUAUAAAAGUUGUAUUAAAUAUAUUAAUUUGUAAGUAAUGAUCAUAAAUGUUAAAAUUUUGUAAUUUUACCGUCCUAUACACAGAGUUCUAUUUACAAUAAUACAGACCGCAACAUUUCAUUUUGUCCAAA